UAAUAUAAUCCCUAAAUUCACAUGCCUACUUGAAACAGCAUAAUCCCAAACUUACUAAUUAAAGUAUAGUCCUUUCUCUUCCCAAGUUCCUUCUUAUAAAUAAGUCAAAGAACAACCAAAAACAGGGUGAUCAUACAGCAAGAGAGAAUCAAGGAUCUCACCAAAAAAAAAAAAUCCCUUCAAGUUUAUACCCGCAUAAGCCAGAUUUCCUCUAUCCUCGCUUACUCUAGCUCUUUUAUAUCCUACCUACCAACUAUUUUUGACAUGCAUGACUGCAAAAACAUGACCUGAUCUUAAUCAUAAAGUUAAUUCUUUCCUUAUUCUUAUGUGUUUGGUUGAAAAAAGAAAGAUCACUUCCCUCUUUUUCUACCUCAAAAAAACUUAGAAAAGUUCAACCGAUAUACGUACUCCUACCAAACAUCCUUUUCUUUCUUUUCAUAAGUUCCAUAGAUAAAUUACUUUCAAAGAUCAGAACUUUUUGUUGUUUUUUUCUUACAUAAUAUUUUUGUCCGUAAAAAAAAAAAAAAAGUUGACCUGUCAAUUUCUUCGAUUCGUUUUGCCCCAAAAAUAUUUCCAUUGGAUCGUCUCCCUAUGUUAAGGCACCCACUACUAGUACUAGCCUCUCUUAGUCUCGUCCCUUUCUCUCUCAGUCUCUGAUCAUCUUUUCAUUUUUAUUGAGUGUAAAAAAAGUAGAUUUUUUCUGCUAAAAAUGAUGCAAUUCACAGAAAUCCCAAAAUUUUCACCACUAAACCCAAUUUCUCUCCAAAAAUCAACCAACAUGAUGAAUAGAAUUAGACCUUGGCCUGGUUUUCCAACCUCAAAACCCACCACCUUAUCUUCAUCAAAUAACCAUUUAGGUGAUGCAAAUUGCAUGGAACAAUUGUUAGUACAUUGUGCUCAAGCUAUUGAAAACAACGACGCAACUCCCGCUCAACAAAUCCUUUGGGUACUCAACAACAUUGCCCCGCCCGACGGCGACACCAAUCAAAGGCUCACCUGCGCCUUCCUCCGCGCCCUCAUCCUCCGUGCCGCCCGAACCCCCGCCUGCAAGUUUAUCCUCAACUCCGCUACUAAUACUGUUACUGCUACUGCUACUGCUACCGCUACUACUGCUACUGCUACCGCUAUUACUAAUACUAAUAUAGUAGCUUGUGGUUUAAACCACAUUAUCCACAAAUUUUCUCUUCUUGACUUAGCUAACUUUGUCCAUCUAACGCCGUGGCACCGAUUUGGUUUCACGGCGGCUAACUCAGUUAUCCUUGAAGCAAUCGAAGGUCGCACUGGGGUCCACAUUGUGGACCUCAGUGUGACGCGUUGCAUGCAAAUCCCAACUCUAAUAGAUUCUAUUGCUACCCGGUAUCAGGGUAGGCAACCCCCCACGGUUAGACUAACCGUGGGGGCAUUUACCCAACAAGUUGUUCCUCCUAUGUUUGAUUAUGUUUCCUAUGACGAACUCGGCAAUAAGCUCAUCAAUUUUGCCCACUCUAAGGGGGUGGUGCUCGAGUUUAAGGCUAUCCCAACCACCCCUUUGGACGGGUUUGCCUCCGUCCUCAACGAGGUGAGGACGAGGCAACAACAAAUGAGAUUUCUCUACGCCAAUCAAGAAGGAGAAGAAGAAGCAGAAGAAGAAGCUUUAGUUAUAAAUUGCCAAAUGAUGGCGCAUUAUUUAAACCACGAGGAGGCGAAUGAUGAGCCGAGUUCAGGCAUUGUGGUGUCAACUAGGACAAUGUUUUUUAAGGCAGUACGGAGUUUAGACCCCAUUAUGGUGGUUGUUGUGGAGGAAGAUGUUGAUUUUACGUCAAGUCAUUUAGUUGAACGGUUAAGAUCUGCAUUCAAUUAUUUUUGGAUACCGUUUGAUACGGUGGACACUUUUCUUCCUAGAGGAAGUAAGCAGAGAGAGUGGUAUGAGGCCGAGAUUUGUUGGAAGAUUGAAAAUGUUAUGUCUCAUGAAGGGGAGCAAAGGGUGGAGAGGCAAGAGCCGAGGGCUAGGUGGACUCAACGGAUGAUGGAAGCCGAGUUUCGGCCUGUCGGGUUCGUGGCGGAGGCGAUGGCGGAGGUGAAGACGAUGCUAGAGGAGCAUGCGACGGGGUGGGGGUCUAAGAAGGAAGAGGAAGAUCUUGUGCUUACUUGGAAAGGUCAUAAUGUUGUUUUUGCUACUGCUUUAGUACCUACUUAAUUUACUUGAAUAAUUAGUGCUUACACUUGUUCCCACCCUAAUAGAGCAAUAGUUGUAGUGUAUGCUAAUGCAAUGCAUGAUCUUGUGUUUAACUAGCUUAAUCUUUGUUUUGCUACUAAUUGACGACUAACUCUUCCACCGUUGUUCACUUAUUUUAUUAACCUAGCUUGGUUGUUCUUUUGUUUCAA